UUCUAAAUUCCAAGUCACAGUUUCGUUACCAACUUGACAAGAAAAACAAAAAAGCUAUGGAGAAUCUAUUGGGUCUUCUGAGAAUUCAUGUGAAGAGAGGUGUGAAUCUUGCCAUUAGAGAUAUCUCUAGCAGUGAUCCUUACGUCGUUGUUCACUCCGGUAAACAGAAGCUGAAAACACGAGUGGUGAAACACAGUGUAAACCCUGAGUGGAACGACGACUUGACACUUUCCGUGACGGAUCCGAAUCUCCCGAUUAAACUUACGGUUUACGAUUAUGACUUAUUCUCCGCGGAUGACAAGAUGGGAGAAGCCGAGUUUCACAUUGCUCCAUUUCUUGAAGCUAUUAAAUUCUGCCAUCAGCUCGGACCAGGACUUCCUAGUGGGACCAUAAUAAGGAAGAUAGAGCCAAGCAGAAAAAAUUGUUUGUCUGAAGAGAGCCACAUUGUGUUAAACCAAGGCAAGAUUGUCCAGAAUAUGUUUCUUAGACUCCAGCAUGUGGAGUGUGGAGAGGUUGAGCUACAGCUCGAGUGGAUCGAUGUCCCGGGUGCAAGGGGUAUUUAGGUCAAAUCAUAUCGAUCCAGUCCGAUCCUUAGUUCCCUGUGCAUAUGGUUAGAAACUAGAACUACGGUGCAGUUUAAAACUGGUCAAUGAAAUAAUCUCAAACUG